UUUCGUGACGUAUAAUGGACUGGACGGACGCUUCUUCAGGAACAACAAGGCGCCAACUCUUUCAACCACGUCGGUAGCUUGCUAGCCAACAUAAAACUGAAAGAUUGACGUUUUAGACCAUGCUAAUGUACAUUAUCUAAUCUCAGUGUUUUAAACGAUUUUCGGUUAACGUAUCAACUGGUUCAAUUUGCAAACGUGUUAAAGAUUGAUACUGAGCCUAGCACUAGGCUAGACGCUAAUGCUAGCUAGCUAGCUAACAUCCCUGACCAUGAGCUCACUAAACUACUCCUCCCUUACUAAUGAAGAGGGGGUCUGCUGUAUGGAGAAAGAAUCUUUCAGAAUGAAAAAGGAGGAAGAGGAGGCUGUUAUAGUGAAAGAAGAGAAAGAACCGUUUAGAGAGGAAGAUGAUGCUAUCUCAAUAAAGGUGAAGGAGGAAGACUUUUUGGGAGUGAAAGAGGAAGAGACAGAAUAUCAGAUUAACACCAGAGAGACACAUGACUAUCGUGGAUCCUCUGGGAAGCCUCAACAACAUCCUGAUGCUGACGAGGAAGAGAAGAGUCUCUCCAGAUCAGAACACCAGAUGGACAACGCUAGCCCUUCCACCCUCUCGGAGUCCCCGUGUCAUGCCUCUCCUGUUAGCACCUUGCUGCUGGUGGACUGCAGGAAAACAAUGGGGCUGAGUGGAACUGUGGGAGGAGGAGAAGAGAGGAAAGGAUCAGAUUUGACUCAAAGAGAAAGACCAGACUCAGAGGAACCAGAGCCAGGGACGUCCAAACCAGCAAGACGACACCAGUGCUCCCACUGUGGAAAGGGUUGUAACCGGUUAUGGGACGUGAAACAACAUGAGAAAAUACACACAGGGGAGAAGACUUACCACUGCUCCCAGUGUGGAAAGAGUUUUAACCAGAAAGCACACCUGAAAGCUCAUGAGAGAAUACACACAGGGGAGAAGCCUUACCACUGCUCCCAGUGUGGAAAGUGUUUCAACCGGCCAGGGCAUCUGAAACUGCACGAGAGAAUACACACAGGGGAGAAGCCUUAUCACUGCUCCCGGUGUGGAAAUAGUUUUAACGAUUUAGGGAAACUGAAACGACAUGAGAGAAUACACACAUGGAAGAAGCCUUAUCACUGCUCCCAGUGUGGAAAGUGUUUUAUUGGUUUAGGGAAACUGAAACGACAUGAGAGAAUACACACAGGGGAGAAGCCUUACCACUGCUCCCAGUGUGGAAAGGGUUUUAAUGAGAAAUCAAACCUGAAAGUUCACGAGAGAAUACACACAGGGGAGAAGCCUUGCCACUGCUCCCAGUGUGGAAAGAGUUUUAACAAUUUAGGGAACCUAAAACAACAUGAGAGAAUACACACAGGGGAGAGGCCUUACCACUGCUCCCAGUGUGGAAAGUGUUUCAACCGGCCAGGGCAUCUGAAACUGCACGAGAGAAUACACACAGGGGAGAAGCCUUAUCACUGCUCCCGGUGUGGAAAUAGUUUUAACGAUUUAGGGAAACUGAAACGACAUGAGAGAAUACACACAGGGAAGAAGCCUUAUCACUGCUCCCAGUGUGGAAAGAGUUUUAUCGGUUUAGGGAAACUGAAACGACAUGAGAGAAUACACACAGGGGAGAAGCCUUACCACUGCUCCCAGUGUGGAAAGGGUUUUAAUGAGAAAUCAAACCUGAAAGUUCACGAGAGAAUACACACAGGGGAGAAGCCUUACCACUGCUCCCAGUGUGGAAAGAGUUUUAACAAUUUAGGGACCCUGAAACAACAUGAGAAAAUGCACACAGGGGAGAAGCCUUACCACUGUUCCCAAUGUGGAAAGUGUUUCGUCUGUUCGGGGGAGCUGAAACAACAUGAGAGAAUACACACAGGAGAGAAGCCUUACCACUGCUCCCAAUGUGGAAAGAGUUUCAACCAGAAAGCAAACCUGAAAGUUCAUGAGAGAAUACACACAGGAGAGAAGCCUUACCACUGCUCCCAAUGUGGAAAGAGUUUCAACCAGAAAGCAAACCUGAAAGCUCAUGAGAGAAUACACACAGGAGAGAAGCCUUACCACUGCUCCCAAUGUGGAAGGUGUUUCAACCAGUCGUGGGCGCUGAAACAACACGAGAGAAUACACACAGGAGAGAAGCCUUACCACUGCUCCCAAUGUGGAAAGUGUUUCAACCAGUCGAGGGAGCUGAAACAACAUGAGAGAAUACACACAGGAGAGAAGCCUUACCACUGCUCCCAAUGUGGAAAGUGUUUCAACCAGAGAGUAAACCUGGAAGCUCAUGAGAGAAUACACACAGGAGAGAAGCCUUACCACUGCUCCCAGUGUGGAAAGAGUUUCAACCGGAAAGCAAACCUGAAAGCUCAUGAGAGAAUACACACAGGAGAGAAGCCUUACCACUGCUCCCAAUGUGGAAAGUGUUUCAACCAGUCGGGGGAGCUGAAACAUCAUGAGAGAAUACACACAGGAGAGAAGCCUUACCACUGCUCCCAAUGUGGAAAGUGUUUCAACCGGUCGGGGGAGCUGAAAGAACAUGCGAGAAUACACACAGGAGAGAAGCCUUACCACUGCUCCCAAUGUGGAAAGUGUUUCAUCCAUUCAGGGGAUCUGAAACGACAUGAGAGAAUACACACGGGAGAGAAGCCUUACCACUGCUCCCAAUGUGGAAAGUGUUUCAACCAGAGAGGAAACCUGAAAAAGCAUGAGAAAAUGCACACAAGGGAGAAGCCUUACCACUGCUCCCAGUGUGGAAAGAGUUUUCACCAGAAAGCACACCUGAAAGCUCAUGAGAGAAUACACACAGGAGAGAAGCCUUACCACUGCUCCCAAUGUGGAAAGUGUUUCAACCAGUCGGGGGAGCUGAAACAACAUGAGAGAAUACACACAGGAGAGAAGCCUUACCACUGCUCCCAAUGUGGAAAGUGUUUCAACCAGAGAGUAAACCUGAAACAACAUGAGAGAAUACACACAGGAGAGAAGCCUUACCACUGCUCCCAGUGUGGAAAGAGUUUCAAUCGGAAAGCAAACCUGAAAGCUCAUGAGAGAAUACACACAGGAGAGAAGCCUUACCACUGCUCCCAAUGUGGAAAGUGUUUCAACCAGUCGGGGGAGCUGAAACUACAUGAGAGAAUACACACAGGAGAGAAGCCUUACCACUGCUCCCAUUGUGGAAAGUGUUUCGUCCAUUUGGAGGUGCUGAAACAGCAUGAGAGAAUACACACAGGGGAGAAGCCUUACCACUGCUACCAGUGUGGAAAGGGUUUCAACCAGAGAGGAAACCUGAAACUGCAUGAGAGAAUACACACAGGAGAGAAGCCUUACCACUGCUCCCAAUGUGGAAAGCGUUUCGUCCGUUCGGUGGAGCUGAAACAACACGAGAGAAUACACACAGGAGAGAAGCCUUACCACUGCUCCCAGUGUGGAAAGAGUUUCAGCCGGAAAGCAUUCCUGAACCAACACGAGAGAAUACACACAGGGGAGAAGCCUUACCACUGCUCCCAGUGUGGAAAGCGUUUCAACCAUUCAGGGAAGCUGAAUCGGCAUGAGAGAAUACACACAGGAGAGAAGCCUUACCACUGCUCCCAAUGUGGAAAGUGUUUCAACCAGUCGGGGGAGCUGAAACAACACGAGAGAAUACACACGGGAGAGAAGCCUUACCACUGCUCCCAGUGUGGAAAGCGUUUCAACCAUUCAGGAAAGCUGAAACGGCAUGAGAGAAUACACACAGGAGAGAAGCCUUACCACUGCUCCCAAUGUGGAAAGUUCUUCAGCCAGAUAGGAUACCUGAAACAACAUGAGAGAAUACACACAGGGGAAAAGCCUUACCACUGCUCCCAGUGUGGAAAGUGUUUCAACAAUUCAGGGACGCUGAAACGACAUGAGAGAAUACACACAGGGGAGAAGCCUUACCACUGCUCCCAGUGUGGAAAGAGUUUUCACCAGAAAGCACACCUGAAAGCUCAUGAGAGAAUACACACAGGAGAGAAGCCUUACCACUGCUCCCAAUGUGGAAAGUGUUUCAACCAGUCGGGGGAGCUGAAACAACAUGAGAGAAUACACACAGGAGAGAAGCCUUACCACUGCUCCCAAUGUGGAAAGUGUUUCAACCAGAGAGUAAACCUGAAACAACAUGAGAGAAUACACACAGGAGAGAAGCCUUACCACUGCUCCCAGUGUGGAAAGAGAGAGAAGCCUUACCACUGCUCCCAAUGUGGAAAGUGUUUCAACCAGUCGGGGGAGCUGAAACUACAUGAGAGAAUACACACAGGAGAGAAGCCUUACCACUGCUCCCAUUGUGGAAAGUGUUUCGUCCAUUUGGAGGUGCUGAAACAGCAUGAGAGAAUACACACAGGGGAGAAGCCUUACCACUGCUACCAGUGUGGAAAGGGUUUCAACCAGAGAGGAAACCUGAAACUGCAUGAGAGAAUACACACAGGAGAGAAGCCUUACCACUGCUCCCAAUGUGGAAAGCGUUUCGUCCGUUCGGUGGAGCUGAAACAACACGAGAGAAUACACACAGGAGAGAAGCCUUACCACUGCUCCCAGUGUGGAAAGAGUUUCAGCCGGAAAGCAUUCCUGAACCAACACGAGAGAAUACACACAGGGGAGAAGCCUUACCACUGCUCCCAGUGUGGAAAGCGUUUCAACCAUUCAGGGAAGCUGAAUCGGCAUGAGAGAAUACACACAGGAGAGAAGCCUUACCACUGCUCCCAAUGUGGAAAGUGUUUCAACCAGUCGGGGGAGCUGAAACAACACGAGAGAAUACACACGGGAGAGAAGCCUUACCACUGCUCCCAGUGUGGAAAGCGUUUCAACCAUUCAGGAAAGCUGAAACGGCAUGAGAGAAUACACACAGGAGAGAAGCCUUACCACUGCUCCCAAUGUGGAAAGUUCUUCAGCCAGAUAGGAUACCUGAAACAACAUGAGAGAAUACACACAGGGGAAAAGCCUUACCACUGCUCCCAGUGUGGAAAGUGUUUCAACAAUUCAGGGACGCUGAAACGACAUGAGAGAAUACACACAGGGCAGAAGCCUUACCACUCCUCCCAGGGUGCAAAGCUUUUGCCCAUUUAGGAAGCCUGAAAGAACACAUUAGACUGCACACAGAGGAGAAGGCUUAGAAAAGCUCAGACUGUGGGAAAACAUAGUACUCAUAACAGUCAUUUAAACGUCAUUAGAGAAUCCACACCGGAGAGAGAAAUUACUUCUCUUAGCGUGUAUAUUGAUAUUUCACAUCACAUUGGCUUAAAAUUCAUCAGAGAACAUACACAGUGCUCCCAUUGUCUUAUAUUGUUGAC